GCACCUAGUCGUAGAUUAGCCCAUAUACGCAGUGAACAAAAACGGAGAGAAAAUAUCAACAGUGGUUUUGAAGAGUUAAAGAAUAUCGUUCCGACCUGCCGUGGAUGUGCAGAUUCGAAAGCGAUCAUUUUGAAAAAAGCCGUACAUUACAUCCAGGCUUUAGAAAGCGAAGUUCGCAAGCUGAAAUCACCUUCAAUACACGCAGAUCACUCUUCGUCUUCGCAUCCACCGGUACCGAUCGCAUCCGCCGGUAAUCUUCACGAACCACAAUCAUCACACGCUCCCCCAAUUAGCAGAGGCGACCCAUCGCAUUCAACGUAUGGCGUGAAUGACAUGGGAGCACGAACGGAAGUGAGAAAGCACGAUGACGCGCAUAGUAAUUACAUGUAUGACGAAGGAGGUCCAAACAACUUGGACAAAUACCCUCGGGUGCGCUCACCGUUACUGGGAGUAAGACAGUCACUACCUCCGGUUCGUAGUUUCUCCCAGCCAUCAAUAAACGCAUUCAAUAUUGAACAAGAAGGAAAUUAUAACUACAGGUGUGAACACUUAAAACGAACAAGCACCGAAUGGAAAAAUGAUUGGGAUGGGUAUCAGUCAUAUGGGAACGGGUAUGCAACAAGUGGUUACAUGUCGACAGCGUUAGUGGGUCCGAGCAGAAAUGAUUAUGGACUGAAUGUAAUCGAUAAUGCACGGAGAGACAGGGACUACGAGGAAAGGAGUGAAAGGGAUGAUAGAGUAGGAAUAGGUGUAGGAAGGGAUAUCAAGUUUGGAUG